AUUGAAAGUGAAAUUUCGAAACAAGCGAGCCGGUAAGUAGCAACAGAAGAACCAAACAAACGUUUGUAAACAUACCAGGCGCCAUGAUUUACGUUAUUAAACGUGAGCAGAUACGAAAAUCCUCAAAGGAAAAACAAAAUAGACAUUCCGGGUUAAAGAUUUACGUCUUGUGUUUCUCACUACACUUCUUUCGUGCUCUAGCCGCUUCUUGCGUACUUUAUAACAGAACAGAGCACAGUUAAGGCUUCUCUAUUUGUUAAGUCAUCGUGGGUAGGUUAUUCAUGCGUGAAUUGGAAUCAAUUCAAAGUUCCGUUACAACUUGACAAACCAGUUUUCAAAGAGGUUUUUCAAGUUUCGAACCUGUUCGAUACUACUGAAGACAAGCGCUGUUCUCACUCCAAUUCGUUCAUUCUUCCGCUCAAACAAUGUUUCAAGGAGAACGCGACGAAAAUCACGUAGCUUUGCCGUUAACCGAGCUGGACAUCGACGACGAGGAGCCAAAAGACAAAUUCAACUCUUCCGGAGGUGAUGCAAACAAUGAUGACGACGCUGAGUGCAAAACCUGGGGAAACAAGGCUCAGUCUGUGCUGGCAAUGUUAGGUUUUUCGGUUGGAUUUGGAAAUGUUUGGAGAUUCCCUUACUUGUGCCAAAAGAAUGGAGGCGGUGCAUUUCUCAUUCCAUAUUUUAUCAGUGUGAUCCUGCUUGGCAUACCCCUUCUGUUUCUGGAGCUCGCCAUCGGCCAAAGCCUCCGCCAGGGUCCCAUCGGUGUGUGGAAAGCUAUUCACCCCUACUUGAGUGGUGUGGGGCUUGCUUCAGCGGUCGUGUGCGUUCUGAUCUCCAUGUAUUAUAACGUGAUAAUUGGGUGGUGUUUUUAUUAUUUGUUCGCGUCGUUUCAAGACCCUCUGCCUUAUUCUUUUUGUCCCGCUGGCCCGAAUUGCACCGUAAACGAAGAGUGUAAACUGGCUGGGCGGACGCAGUACUACUGGUAUACUAAGACACUCGGGGCAACAACUUCCAUUGAGGAUAUGGGUGAUUUCCAGUGGCAUCUGUGUCUUGUGCUUAGUUUAGCAUGGAUUGUUCUGCUGAUCAUUAUCAAUCGAGGAGUCCAGUCAGCUGGAAAGGCGGUUUAUGUCACUGCUACACUUCCAUAUAUUGUUCUGACCAUAUUCCUUGUAAGAGCUGUCACAUUGGAGGGAUCGGUAGACGGAAUCAAACACAUGUUCAAGCCUCAGUUCUCCAAGCUAACCAGUCCUCUGGUUUGGUUAGAAGCCGUUACUCAAGUAUUCUUUUCCAUCGGUGUUGGUUUUGGUACUUUCAUUGCGAUGGCAAGUUACAACACAAAGCAUAACAACUGCAAAAGAGACGCCAUCUUUAUAUCGUUAGCUGACAGUUUCACGGCUAUCUUUGCAGCUCUGGUGGUGUUCUCUGUCCUUGGUUUUAAGGCACAUGAUUCCUACACUCAGUGUUUAGCAUUAUAUGGUGAAGUCAACAAUACUAAACUGCCCGCUGGAGUGACGCUUAAAAAGCAAUGUCAUGAUCUGGAGCACUGGCUAUCUAAGAAAUUUCAAGGUCCUGGCCUCACUUUCAUUGCCUUUACUGAAGCAAUCCUUUUAAUGCCGGCUUCACCACUAUGGUCUGUUCUGUUCUUCGCCAUGUUUCUGUCUCUCGGUCUUGGUAGCAUGUUCGGUAUACUGGAGGGUGUACUUAACCCGUUACACAAACAGAAGAUAGUGCCCUUGCGCAAGGAAAUAAUGACAGGUCUUACGUGCCUCUUUUGUCUCAUCGUUGGACUGCUGUUCUGCCAGACCUCUGGGGAGUACUGGUUGCAGCUAUUUGACAGCUUUACAGGAACACUACCACUUCUCUUCAUCUGCUUCUUCGAACUUAUCGGAGUAGCAUGGGUGUAUGGAACCAAGAGAUUUUCUGACGAUUUAACUUACAUGCUCCUCGAGAGACCCGGAUGGUUCUGGACGAUAAUGUGGAGAUUUGUGUCUCCUGUGAUAGUCCUGGCGAUCUUUGUUAGCAGUAUUGUUAACAUGGCAAUGAAACCACCUGCGUACUCUGUCUGGAGACCAAAUAAGGCCGAAGUGGAGAGCGUUCCAUACCCAUCCUGGUGUUAUCCUAUUAUUGCUUUCCUCAUCUGCGCAUCCUGUCUUUGUAUACCAGCGAUCUUUCUUGUAAACUUAUGUCAACGGUUUAUCGCGAAGAGGAGAGGAUAUACGCCAUGAUCACAUGACUGUUUGUUAUGGUUUGACUAACAUACUUGGAGAUGAUCGAGCAUUUACGACACAUUUCAAUGGCAAAUGUUGGUAAAGUAGUAGGAAGAUUGCGGAAACAGUGGAAACUGAACCGUUCAUUGAUUUGAAUUCAAGGCUUUUACUUAGUAUUGCAGUGCGCAUCCAUACUGCGGAUAAUUUCACACGUGAUUAGCGUGUAAAAUAAAAUAUGGCCGCUAUCUUCAUUUCCUCGUAAACGAAAACAAACAGUCAUCAAUCCAUUUUCCAAUGGAGCAAUAAUGCUCUACCUUUAAGCUUGAAGGCGAUUUUCAUAUCAAUACAGGAUAACAAAUAACCUUCAGGAACAUCAACUUAGCGAAUAUUCUUAGAUAUAUUCAUGAAAAGAUCACAAGGGUGUUUACUGUCAAGAUGCUGUUGCUCAUAAUGGAGAAAUCUCCAGAAAUUAAUUCAUUCCUAUCUCUACCAUUGCAAAGUUAUUUUGACGCUAACCGCGUGUACGAGAUUCCGUAGACUUCUGGCUCGAAAUUGUCGCAAAGUGAAGCCAAGGGAAAGUCUAACUAGAUGGAAAAAUUUAUAUCAUGGUACAGUUUACACUACAACAUUUCUACGAACAUACAACGUCGGCUACAAGGAUGGAAAUGAGUCUAAAACGCACUUUUUUCCUCCUUACCCUGUUACAACGCAUUUUUCAAAUGACAACUUCCAUUUUACUAUUUUUUUUUAAUAGAAAGUGGUAUUCGAGAAGCCUGUUAGUUGUAAUUUGACAUCUGGAAGCAUUUUUUUAGCACCAUUUGUCUGAGGCUGUACAGGUAGUAACAUUUGUAUUUGUUUUUUUUUUUUUAACCAUUUGUAUUAUAGUUAUCAUGCUAGGUCGAUUAAAUCCUAUUUAGUCUGUAUAAUUGUAAUAAAUAAUAAGCUCACGAGUAGUUUAAAUUCUGUUAUAA